CCAGUCGCCCGAGCGCCUCUGUCAGUGGUAGUGCUGGACGCCCCCGCCUCUCCCUCUUCAGCUUCAUCCUCAGGAUUACGUUAUCCCCGCCUCCCCAUGUUAUCAGGAUUACCUAGAUAUAUGCAUGGCAUCGAGGCGGCGGUGGGCAUGGCAGUGGUGGCGCUCCUCUGCAUCUCUCAUUCGCACCAGGAGGCAGCCAAACUAAGCUGUCGCGGCCUCGGGUGUCGAGGCCUCAACGUGACGACCUCGGCACCCAGUACGGCAAGGAACACCACCACGACACACCCCAAGCCGAGCAAGUUCGACGAGAACUUCGAGGACACGAUACCGGUCGACAUAGGGGAGAACGGCACACUUAUCCCGGACUACCACGCCAAGGACAAAGUGGGGACGAUAGUGCUGACGAAGAGUGACAGUUUCGAGGACGUACCGCCGCCACCGUUAAGGUUCGACUCGAACAUCGUGCUCAGGAAGAAGUUCUCCAACAGGGGAAAGAAGAAGUUACCCUCGGAGGAGCCUGUGACGGUCACACCGACUAACGUCACCUCGAACUCAGAGACCAACGCUGAAAAGUUGAUGGCCAAGGAUAUUGACGGUGACUACGGAACGAGGAUAGAGAAAAGAAAGUCCAGUGGGAACAAAACCAUGACUGUGACGGUGAAUCCUCUGGUGCUGAAGAGGCGCACCAAACGCCCCAAGAGGUCGCCGAUACAGUUCUACGAUGACGGCAGGAGCCUGUACCAGUACGGAGGUAACAAGCACCGGCGAUACGUUCGCUUCCCACUGAGCGACUUUCCUCCCACCGGGUUAGCCGGUUUUCGUCCUGGCAGACCUAUGUGGGCUCCCAACAACCAGUUCCCGGACUCCAUCGUACCUCGGAGCCCUCGCCUGGUGUUCCGCGACCCUGUGGAACCCGGGACUCUCCAGGCGCCCUUCUUCAACCCCGCCGGCAACCUUCAGGACAUCUCUGCACCUGAGGAGAAUCGAGAUUCUUGGCAGCCAACCGAAGAGUCGCACGGAAAGGCGGCUCAAUGCCUGUCCGGCAAUUGCGAGUUCUUUCUCUCGUGCUGGAUGACAUCAGGACUGAUACAGGGCUCUUGCGGUGGGUUCCUGUACGCUUGUUGCCACAGGAACACCGCCAAAACCGGCGAGCAUCUUGACUCUGCCUCUCCCCUGCCUGCCAGUUACGGGCCGGUCAUCAACGAUCCCAGGUGUGGAGUAUCUGUCGUCAAACAACAAGGAGCUCAGAGAAGGAUCGUGGGUGGAGAUGAAGCCGGAUUUGGGAGCUUUCCGUGGCAGGCCUAUAUCAGGAUCGGAUCGAGCCGCUGCGGGGGAACCUUAGUCAAUAAGUUCCAUGUCGUCACAGCCGGGCAUUGUGUUGCCAGGGCAUCGGCCAGGCAAGUUCAGGUGACCUUGGGUGACUACGUUAUCAACUCGGCAGUGGAACCUCUACCAGCAUACACGUUCGGUGUGCGCAAGAUCAACGUCCAUCCCUACUUCAAGUUCACCCCUCAGGCGGACAGAUUCGAUGUGGCAGUGCUGCGGCUGGAUCGACCAGUCCAAUACAUGCCACACAUCGCACCCAUCUGUCUUCCGGACAAGGGAGAGGACUUCCUGGGCCAGUUCGGCUGGGCCGCCGGCUGGGGGGCUCUUCAAGCAGGUUCUCGACUACGGCCGAAAACUCUCCAAGCUGUGAAUGUGCCGAUAAUUGACAACCGGUUGUGUGAGAGGUGGCAUAAAUCCAACGGCAUCAACGUCGUCAUUUACGAUGAAAUGAUGUGCGCCGGUUACCGCGGAGGUGGAAAAGACUCUUGUCAGGGGGACUCCGGCGGCCCACUGAUGAUGGAGAAGGGUGCCCGAUGGUUUCUCAUCGGCAUCGUAUCCGCCGGUUACUCCUGCGCCCAGAGAGGCCAGCCCGGCAUCUACCACAGGGUGGCCCACACGGUAGACUGGAUAUCGUACAUCAUCAACUCCUAACACUCCCUCUGCCAAGCCACUCACCGUCACGAAGCGAUCCCAUCGUCGGAACAACAGGAUCACUGAGUUUAGUCAAAGACUGAUUGUUUGUGAUUGUUGCUCUCGGAUGACUAUUGUUGUGCGAGAGAGCAACUCUGAUGCAGAAUUGAGUCUCCUCUGUCUCGGAGUACUACAAUGACUAGCUAUUGUCCAGAAAUACAGCAUCGUGUAAAACUUAUCUGUAAUUUUAAAGUACAUUAUGUAACAACCUGAAAAGUAAUAUUGUUUUGCCAGCCGAUAUGAGUGUUUGUACGAAUAGGUGCUUUUUACAUACUAACCUAACCUAGAUUUAUUUCACUUCAAUUUCUUUAAAACUCCUAGUUAAGUUAUAUCUUAUUGCUCAGAACCAGGGGUAGAAUUUAGCCAUUUCAAAUGUCAAAAUAAAAUUAAUUAAUAUUUUUAAACCAAAUUUUUAUCUGAAUUUCAUACUAAAUAAUUAAAGCAACACAUAAAUAACUACCAGUUGUAUAAAAAAAUGUUCCAAACUGGAUUACAAUUUCUAGUUUUAUAAAAACUAUAAACUAUUUAUAAAACUAUUUAUAACUUUUUAUAAAAAAACUAUAAUAUAAUUAAAUUAAAUAUAAUAAAAUUUCAAAUAUAACUUGCUCAAAUAUCAUGACUUGAAGAACAAAUCGUAAUUCGUCGUUUAGUAUUGGAAUGGUAAAAGCUUUUUUUUAUGCAACUUUAUUGGACAAUGUACUUUCAUUUCAUUCUCUGAUUAGUUAUUUCACAUGACUAAAUUGAUGCAAGUCAUGGUUUCAGAAGAGUAUACUAAAUACAGUGAAGACAUAGGUGAUGAAGCAGUAUUAAAUAAUGUAAUGCUAAAGAAAUUAAUUUAACAUUAUUAAACUUAUCAUAAUGCAAAUGUGCGUCCUUAGAAUUAAAAGUUUAUGUUUGUUACAAAACAAUAAUAAUUUCUUCAAAUUUAAGGAUGGUACUAAUUAUAUUUCGAGCUUUCUGAAUUCCCAGGUCUAUUUUGGGAAUAAAACUGCUUAACCUACUCUAAUCCCUCCUCCCAUUUUAAGGGUGGAUUACGUUACCUCUUGAAUCAAAAUAUACUUUGGUGGAGUUUUGUAAGUUGGAUUUUUUAGGAUACAUUUUUGACAAUGAUGCUUGGUUUGCAUCUCCCAGAGCUGCUGACCUAUUUUUAUUUUAUAGGCCACUUUAGGGCCUUUAAGAAAUACGAAGGUGACUCUCAGCUCUGAAGGUCUGGUAGGCAAACAGACUUGCUUACUUUUAAGGUUGCUCAGUGGUCAUCAAGGAACCAUUUCCCCUCGUAUUUGCUUGACCUGGUUACUUUUCAAAAACUGUUGAAUCAUUUGAUCAAAGGCAUUAGCAGUUAAAUUUGUAUUGAUAUCUUAUUAAAAUUGGGUCAAAACUGCAAAUUUCAAACCUUUAUCCGGAUACCUUAAAUAAUUUUCACUUAAUGCAAUUAAUUCUUAUUUUAUACUUUUUAUUCAUAAGGUACUUUUACAGUAAUGUAAAAGGAAGUCGUUUUUAUUAAAUUGUGUACAGUUUUCUCGGAUGUAUCCAUAUAGUACACAAUUUUAAUAGGUACAUUGUAAAGGAAUUACUUCAUUGUGUUUCAAAUAAUUUGUUGCCAAACGACUAGAAAUGAUAAACAUAAUGUUCCAUUGCAGUAUAUUGAAAUUAAUAUAAAUUAAUAUGGCACAGAAACAUAUUCUGUAUUUCAUUUCACACUUUUAUAGACAUUUUCAAAACUGAAAUAAUAAUGAAUGAUAAUUGUCAAAUGUACAUGUAUGUUGUCCUGUUUUAUCUGUAGUAAAAUGUCAUGUAACAUGCCAAUAUAGUCUCAUGUUAUAAACUGGGAGUUCCAUAGUGGUUUACGAUAUUGACAUGAACUGUUAGCUUUUAUAGCACCAUAAAUAUUAAACUAUCGUAGCUUUACUUUGUAAAUACUGCUUGAAUUAAUGUUUAUGUUUACAAUGUAAAUCAAUUGUUUAAAACUUAUUAUGAAGACAUUAAUUUCCUGUUAACUUAAUUGUGUACAUAGUAAUAUUUUAAGUAAAUAAGUAAUGUAUGAAUAUUUUGUAUAUAGCUAGAUUAAAGAAACACUAUCUUACCACACCAUGGAAAAUCAUACAUGCAUACAUAAAAAUAUUUUAUUGAAUAAAAUACUAAAACUUUCUAGAGUUUAGUACGAAAAACAGUUAGGAUAGAAUAUCGUGAAGUAAAAGAUACUUAAGAUAAUGUUGUUUGUUGCAACAAUGUUUUAUAGUAUUAUAUUGGUUUAAAAAGGGUUUAUAAAACCCUAAAACAACUGUUUGUUUUAAUUGUAAUAAAAUUUACUUUAUUUAUAUAAGAUAUUAUUUACGAACUAUAUUGUUAAUUUAAGCAUGAGUAUUUUUAACAUAGUAACGUUAGGAACUUCCUCUACGGUGAAAAUAUUUUUAAUGUUAUAAUAUUGGUUGUAUAUAAUAUUGUAAUGUUAUAAUUGGUCCUACGUGCCUUUAAAACUAUCGUUUAUGUUGGUUUGAAAGGCCUCCUAAAUGUAUAUAAAACCCUUGCAUGAUAUCUUGUUUUGCGUUCAAAGACACAUUCAUUCCUUACUCGAUUCGAAAAUGUCUAAGCUGUACAAAUACAUCAUCUUCUAUCCUAUUCCAACCUAAUGAUUGUUUGUAUAUUCCAGAAUAUUUCUGUACCAACACGAUAUGUCAGCCGUACCAUGGUAUAUGUUACUUCACCUACCUCUACGCUAUGUUUGCGAGUAUUCUUUCGACCACAGUUACCUUUACCUUCACAUUAUGUAUUUGAUACACUAUUCCCACUUUUAUCACACAUAUGCCAAGCAAUUGAACCAAAUUUUACCCUUUGUACACGGAUCUUUCCUUUUUAGUCCUUCACCAACUUUCAUUUUCAAGAGGUCAAAUCCCACUUCCCAUGAAGUAUAUUUCUUCUUUUGAUGACCAGAUGCAUCUUGAGAAUAUUCUAGACAUAUACGGUAACGUUUGUGUGCUAUUUUCAAUAUACAAAAAAUAGAAUUAGGAUCAUAUUUGUAAUUUAUCCCGUUGAUACCACAAACAUCGAAGACAAAUGAAUAUCGAAAAUUGAAUAGUUUUAGUCGUGUAUUCGUCAAAGAUCAAAUAAACUGUACAGCAACUUGUCUUUACAGC